AUGUCAACUUGGGCUUUUCAGGUGAAAUGGGUUCCGAUAUCCCGUCUUCAUUGCGGCUGGGAACUCGAUCGAAGGAGGUUCCGUGGGUGUCACCCGUUUCACCAGCGGCGUACGCGACUUGACGGCGAGCACGCAACCGCAGCCACGAAGCUGAGUAGACGACGCGGCGCUGUUACGAUUCGGUACGCUGUUCAGUGUCACAAUGAUUCUGAGCCAACAAAGAAACGCCACGCACUCGAGAGCAGUGGCACGCGAAGCGCAACCGCGUCUCCACGCUCGUCUGAAGCGCAGGCCUACGCUGCUCCAUGCUGCGGCGCUCAGGACGCAGUUGGUGCUGGUUCACGCACGACAGGCUUGCUCCGAGUUCUUGGACCGCUGCAGCCGACUUUCGAGCGACUUGUUGGCUGGCGGGACUCGCUCCAGCUGCAAGGCUUGUCUGCUGGUCUCUGGUGCGCCGCUUGCACACUGACCCUGCUUCAGCACGCUCUUCCGCGAGUAACCCAGCGCGCUGCUAUCUACUUUAGCUGGAUAUUCAUGCAACGCGCCUUUGUUCUUGCUUGUCUUGUCUUAUCUGGACUGCCGUCGCUACUCGAGAUGCUGUGGACGCUGUUGAGUAAGCCGUCUCUAUCGGUGGACGUGUUGAUGAACCUCGCCGCUUUACUAUUGUUAGCCGUGGGUCAUUUAUUGGAAGGAACCCUUCUAUUCGUGCUGUUCUCGGUAUCGCGAGCAGCAGAGGGUGCCAUCCGGGCUCGAGCGCGUCGCGACCUGGACGCUCUCCGAGACAGCGUACCCGAGUACGCGUGGCGGCUGCGUCGCGCCAGCGAUACGGACACCCCGCUCGAACUAGUUGCGGAGAAUGGAACUCUGAAUACCGUCGACGCUCAUCAAGUUCCGGUAACAGAGCUGACUCCAGGCGACCUGAUCCUCGUCAAGGCCGGAGAAGUGGUCCCCUGUGACUGCCAGAUUGCUCGUGGUGAUGCCUAUGUGAGUUUAGAGCCAAUCACAGGAGAGAGCGUUCCGCGGCGUGUUCGCGACGGGGAACUCAUUGCAGCCGGCGCUCGAACAGUCGACGGGUCGCUUUACCUCCGCGUGCAGCGACCAGUGCACGAGUCAGCAGUGGCGCGUAUUGCCCGUCUGGUGACGAACGCACAGCAGAACAAACCGACGCUGGAGCGAUGGAUCGAUCGCUUCGGGCAGCUCUACUCUCGAUUUGUUGUCACUGGUGCUUUGCUUGUCUUUAUCGUAGCGGGUCUGACCCCGGUACGCACACCGAAACACUCUGGGCACGGGGUUAGAGCGGUGGCGCCCCAGGAACAACCGGUACGAUGGCGCGCUCAGCGGCAGGCAUUCGAACGCGCCCUUGGCUUUAUGGUCGUGGCAUCACCCUGUGCGCUGAUCAUUGGGGCACCAGUUGCGUAUACAUCGGCGCUGGGCGUUUUGGCCCGUCGCGGUGUGCUCGUGAAGGGCGGAGCGCGCACCCUGGAAGCCUCCGCGCGUUGUGACAAAGUCGCAUUCGAUAAGACCGGUACGCUGACCAAGGGAGAACCCGAACUCCACCAGAUCCAGGUCUUUCGGGUGCCGAGGCAAUCAGCAGUAACCGUUGCGUCUAUGGCAGCAACGGGCGACGCUGCUACAGAUACUUCUACUGCUUCAGAGGAUCUGCCGUAUCGUUGGGAUUUGCGAGCUGAGCACCCGCCAGCGGAGCAUGCCUCAGCUAUAGCGCGGGUACUGGCUUUAGCAGCUGGCCUUGAAGCGCAUGUGGUGCACCCAUUGGGACGCGCAGUGGCUGCCUCGGUCGCUGAACUUGGCAUCGAGCCGCUCCUUGUCCACGACGUGAAGGUAUGCGCCGGCGCCGGUCUGGAAGGACGCAUUUUCCAGGCCCCGCAUUCCGAGAGCGAGGUCACUAGCAACGGCGGGGGCAGCGACCAGCACCUAGACGCGGCGAGCGCUGACGCACUCAGUCACCGCGUCCGCUUGGGGCGUCUCGACUUUGCCGCAACGCUCUUGGAGCACGAAAACGCACCCCAGAGCCCGACGCCCACUACUCGGGAGCUUGAUCAAAAGCUGGAAGCGUAUCAGCGCGAGCAGGCUGCGCUAGGGCGUUCCACGGCCCUGCUUUGCUGCGAAGACGGCACCGUUGCCAUGCUGGUUUUCUGGGACCAGAUGCGGGAAGAGGCACCGGCGUGCAUCGCACAGCUCCGAACCCAAGGCUAUUCCGUGCAGCUGCUGACUGGCGACUCGAAAGAAACUGCACUGGCGAUUGCCGAGGCAGUUGGUGUGCCCGCCGACUGCGUGCGCUACGCCCUUCGUCCCGAAGACAAAAUGCUGUUUGUGAAACAACAACCAGAUCGACUGGUCAUGGUUGGCGACGGCAUGAAUGAUGCUCCGGCGCUUGCGCUCGCCACUACCGGCAUUUCGAUCGGCUUUCACAGUGCCACAGCGGUUUCCGCUGCCGACGUGGUGCUUGUCGAUGGCUACCCCGAAGGCAUUCGUCGCAUCGCAUGGUAUCUGCAGAAGAGCCGCCAGACGCAGCGCGUCAUGACCCAGAAUGUAGCCAUUGCGCUCAUUCUGAUCGUGAGUACCGCCAUCGGGGCGGUAUCGGGUGGUCUGCCCCUCUGGGCCGCCGUCCUGCUCCACGAAGGGGGUACGCUGCUGGUUGGCCUCAGCGGCUUGCGGCUGCUCAUGGACUGA